AUGCUAAUACGAAAAACAUUCAUCCUCUUCAUCAUCUGUGGCUGGUCAAUUGCUGCUACUACUACAACAACAACAACAACAACAACAACAACAACAACAACCACUGAACCAGAUUCUAGAACAAAGGCUCUCAUCUCCCUACUAAAAACUCCUCCUGGAAAAGAACAACAACAACAACAACAACAACAACAAAUCUCUGCUGUAAAUGUCCCUUUGGUACCUAAUGUCCAUCCUGAAAUCACACUCAAUAACGGUGACUCCCUCACCGGUGUGGUUGACAUCAAAGGGGUUGAAUCCUUCAAGGGCAUCCCAUACGCUGAGCCCCCUAUAAAUAAUCGACGCUUCAAACACCCCUUGCCCUAUAACGGAAGUUACAAUGGACUCCAAGCAUACAAGUACGCCGCUAGCUGCAUCAAUGUCACCCCUUAUGGGUUCUUUAGUCUAUCUCGAACUGCAGUUGAAAACGCUGUCCCCCAUCUGAAUCGGUUCUUGAUGACCACCUUCUUUAAUCCCAACAUUAAUGAAGAUUGUCUAUACUUGAAUGUGUUUCGACCAAAUGGAACUGCUCCUGAUGCAAAACUCCCUGUUAUUGUUUGGAUCCAUGGAGGUGCUUUCCAAUUCGGAAGUUCCUCGGCUUACCCUGGUGACAAGUUUAUCCAAGACAGUGUUUCCAUGAACCAAUCUGUUAUUUACGUGUCACUCAACUACCGUCUAGGACCUUGGGGGUUUUUGGGUGGGAAUGCAAUUAAAGAAGAAGGUUCCUCUAAUGCUGGGUUACACGACCAGCGCUUGGCCAUGAAGUGGGUAUCUGAUAAUAUUGAAGCAUUUGGUGGUGAUUGCAAUAAAAUCACCUUGAUGGGUGAGUCUGCCGGUGCAAUUAGUAUAGCCCAUCACCUGGUUGCAUACAACGGAGACAAUAGGUACAAUGGCAAAAGGCUUUUCCAUGGUGCUAUUAUGCAAAGCGGAGGGCCGUGGAGUUUUGGACCAAUUACGUCGACCAAAUCUGAGACACUUUUCCGAAGAUUUGCACGGUACAGUGGGUGUUCGACUCAAUCUAAUAAUGAAACUAUGGAGUGUCUUAGAAGCAAAUCUGUUUUGGAUCUACAAAUGGCCCAAAACUUCAACCAUGAAAUUAAAGACAUUCUCUUGACAGAUCCCUCGGACCCUGUGUUUGGUUGGAGCCCCCGUUAUGAUGGCGAAAUGAUUGGAGAUAACCCAGCUGUAUUGGCCAAGCUAGGCAAGUUUGCCAAAGUGCCGUACAUUAUUGGUACCCAAGAAGAUGAAGGUACUGUUUUGACCUUGUUGUUUAACUUGAAGACCAAUAUUCAGGUUAACUCGUAUAUGAUGAAUCUGUUACCCAAUCUUUCUGAAGACAAUUUGUUUGAAUUGAUUAAAAUGUAUCCAUCGGACGGUAGACUUAAGUCAAUUCCUGGUGUUAAAGUGAAUGGUCGGAACAAGGGUAUAUGGCGAGCAAUAAACGAGAUUCACCCUGGGUACUUGAGGUUUGCUCGUAUUAUUGGAGACUUUAUGUUUGAAAUUCCUCGGUUAGUUUUGCUCAAGAGUACACCUCCGAGUGUCCCUCAUUAUGUUUAUCGCUCAGAAUUUUUGCACAAUGUUAUGCCUGUAGUUGGGACUCCUCAUGCUGGUGAAUUGCUUUGGCAGUUUCAUUUGGAUAUGCACCCUGCACCCGCUUAUCGGCGGUACUUUAUCUCAUUUGCCAAUAAUUUUAAUCCCAAUGUUAAUACAAGUCUGCCAUAUUGGAAUGCAUAUGAUUAUAAAAAGAAGGAAACCAUGGUGAUUAAACUCACAAAGUUGGUUAUGGGGGUUGAUAAGACAGGCAGAAAUAAGGAUUUGAAUUUCCUUGUGAAUGAUCCCAAGAUUAUUCAAAUGUGA